UAAUGUGGGAGACUCUAAGGUGAUGAAGUCAGUGGACAGGAUAUUAACCAUCUGGGAGGAGAGGAGCGUGUACACAGAUGAGCUCAUAGCUGAGCUGAGGGCCAGUCUGGUCAAAGAGGAGUCACCUGCUGCUUUAGAGACACCUAAAGGUGAGUGAAUCAGUUCCAACCAUGUACCACCAGCAGAGUUCACUGUGAUAUACUGCAUGUUUUAAAUAUCAUGGGAAGUAUCUUUCGAAAUUGUACAAAUGUCAAGAUAAUGAGGCAUCAUGUUUAUUGUUGUACUUCAUGUUUAAUUGUAUGGAUUUGAGCUGUUCUGUUCAGUGCUUGUGUGUUGUGUUAAGAAAUGUCCAUGACAAAGUUUUUGUAAUUUCAGCUCCAGUCGACCCUAAAGCUGCUCUUCAAUCUAAGAUUGUAGCUGAAUUUGUCGUAAGUGUCCACUACCAACUGUUUAGGAUAGAUUAUAUUUUCUGCACUGUUUUAGCUUUUUGUUUUUAUCUAAAUCGUACACUACCGUUCAAAAGUUUGGGGUCACUUAGAAAUGUCCUUGUUUCCGAAAGAAAAGCUUUUUUUUUGUCCAUUAAAAUAACAUCAAAUUGAUCAGAAAUACAGUGUAGACAUUGUUAAUGUUGUAAAUGGGUAUUGUAGCUGGAAACGGAUGAUAUUUUAUGGACUAUCUACAUAGGCGUACAGAGGCCCAUUAUCAGCAACCAUCAGUCCUGUGUUCCAAUGGCACAUUGUGUUUCCAAGUUUAUCAUUUUAAAAGGCUAAUUGAUCAUUAGAAAACCCUUUUGCAAUUAUGUUAGCACAGCUGAAAACUGUUGUGCUGAUUUAAAGAAGCAAUAAAACUGGCCUUCUUGAGACUAGUUGAGUAUCUGGAGCAUCAGCAAUUGUGGGUUCAAUUACAGGCUCAAAAUGGCCAGAAACAAGUAACUUUCUUCUGAAACUCGUCAGUCUAUUCUUGUUCUGAGAAAUUAAAGCUAUUCCAUGCGAGAAAUUGCCAAGAAACUGAAGAUCUCGUACAAAGCUGUGUACUACUCCCUUCACAGAACAGCGCAAACUGGCUCGAACCAGAAUAGAAAGAGGAGUGGGAGGCCCCGGUGCACAACUGAGCAAGAGGACAAAUACAUUAGAAUGUCUAGUUUGAGAAACAGACGUCUCACAUGUCCUCAACUGGCAGCUUCAUUAAAUAGUACCCGCAAAACACCAGUCUCAACGUCAACAGUGAAGAGGCAACUCCGGGAUGCUGACCAGAGUUGCAAAGAAAAAGCCAUAUUAUUUAGACUGACCAAUACAAAUAAAAGAUGGGCAAAAGAACACAGACACUGGACAGAGAAAGAUUGGAAAAAAAGUGUUAGACAGACGAAUAGAAGUUUGAGGUGUUUGGAUCACAAAGAAGAACAUUUGUGAGACACAGACCAAAUGAAAAGAUGCUGGAGGAGUGCUUGAUGCCAUCUGUCAAGCAUGGUGGAGGCAAUGUGAUGGUCUGGGGGUGCUUUGGUGGUGGUAAAGUGGGAGAUUUGUACAGGGUAAAAGGGAUCUUGAAGAAGGAAGGCUACCACGAAAUACCCUGUGGACGGCACUUGAUUGGAGCCAAUUUCCUCCUACAACAGGACAAUGACCCAAAGCACAGCUCCAAACUAUGCAAGAACUAUUUAGGGAAGAAGCAGUCAGCUGGUAUUCUGUCUAUAAUGGAGUGGCCAGCACAGUCACCGGAUCUCAACGCUAUUGAGCUGUUGUGGAAGCAGCUUGACCGUAUGGUACGUAAGAAGUGCCCAUCAAGCCAAUCCAAUUUGUGGGAGGUGCUUCAGGAAGCAUGGGGUGAAAUCUCUUCAGAUUACCUCAACAAAUUGAAAAUCAUUAUUUCUAACCUUUUCAUUGACUACAUUGCCUAUUCAUUUUGCUAUAUUUCCUAUUCUAACUCAUUUCAUGUAUGUUUUCAUAGAAAACAAGGAAAUGUCUAAGUGACCCCAAACUUUUGAACGGUAGUGUAUAUUCAGAAAAUGUCUUACUGCAUAUUCUCUCGAGAAAUGACCAAAACAUACCAAAUUAACUGUAACUACUAUACUAUGAGAACUGUAAAUACUUAAUGUAAAUGGUUGUACUUCAAAGCUAGUAUGUUGAGUUGAACUUAACCCUAACUAUUGCCAUGUCCUGUGGUGUGGCUCUCUGACUGUGUCCUGUCAUGCAGCCCCAAGUGUUCAUCGAUCACCUCUGUAAGUACCACAGCUCUGUAGAGGAGGUGGAGCUAAAGGAGAAACAGCUGGCAGGCAUGAGGGUGGACGUCUGCAGCACCGAGGUCCUCAAGAGACUGAAAGGUAACAAGGUUUUGGCUAACACACAACGUCCUGCAAAGUCGUCCAUGAGCAUUGACCCUGUCUGUGUCCCAAAUUGCAUCUUAUUCCCUAUAUAGUGUACAACUUUUGACCAGGGCCCACAUCCUCCUGCAGUGUUGUCAAUGAGCAUUGGCCCAGGAACUGGAAAAGGCAUGAGGCAUCUCUUACUGCUCAGAAAGAAAAAAAAAAACUUGGCCCCUCUGACCUAGGAGGAGAUGAGGCUUGUUUUUAGUCUGACCAAGUCUUCUUUAUUAUUUCUCUCUCCAAAUCAACCACCCCUUCAGAUAAGGCAGGGGGAAAGAGGCACUCCAAGGACUUUGAGGACGGCAGUGCGAAGCUAAAGGAGUUUGUGGCCUUCCUUGACCGGCAGAUCAAAGGAGGGCCCCCUCUGUUGGAUGCUCUUGGCAACGCAGACAUUUUCUACGAGAUGCAGUAUAAGGAGGUCAAGAUAGUCGCCAAUGUGAGUAGCUGAACUAGAUAGUGUCCGUAAUGCCUUUGCAUCUGUUGUGAAAGGUUGAAAGCGGUUCUCUUUGGUUUUAGUGGUGGGCUUUAGUAGUAAGACUUGAGUUGCAUAGAUUUGGAAAAAUAAUUGACCAUGUGUUCUUUUUUUACUUCUAUUUAAGGCCUACAAGACGUUUGCCAACCGGGUGUCCCACCUCAAGCGUAAGCUGGACAGCCUCAAGGCCACCUUACCAGACCUGGACGAGUCGCCCAUCCCCUCGCCCUCGAUGGACGCCCCCUCCCCCAAUGGCUCAGAGUCCCCCUUCCAUGGCCUGGCUGGCCCAGACGCCGACUUGGAUGGCCUGGCCAUGGAUGAUGAGGCGGACAUCACUCUGGGGGAAGCACCCAGCCCCCUGUCCUCCCCUGGUGGCUCCCCCAAGCAGGGCUUCACCGUUGGGGAGUCAGACAACCGCGACGUGGAGGACAUGGAGCUCUCGGAUGAGGAGGAGGCAGAGAGCAUCAGUAUCAUAGGUGAGGGGGAGUGGCAUGUGAUGCAGAGCAGGGAUGGGGUGCAGGGGGUUAAGGGACAGGAUGUAUUACUUUUAUGUGCUUCAUUAUAGCUAUAAGACUCUAUUGUGUUUCAACUUAGCUGUUUCAAUUGUACAUUUCCUCUGUUUUUACAGUUGAGGAGCGAGUUGAAAGUCCCAUCCCAUCUCCAGACCCCAUUCCUGUGCCUGUUGUCACACAGUUGCCGCUGGCCACAGAGGUAAAGCCUGUCCCACAGGCCACACCCUCCCCAGCUCUCAUGGCCCCUGUGACCCCUACAACCAACCUGUCAGGCAACCUCGCCAAUGUGGACAUGGGUAAAAUUAGCUCUAUCCUCAGCAGCAUCACCUCUGUCAUGAAGAAACCAGGUGAGAAACUUCAGCUAUUGUGACAUCAUAAAGGCAGGCAGCCACUAUUGCAUCAACAGCACGGUUAUUCUGAUGACACAUCAUAAAGGCACCAUUACAUCAUCAACACUGUUAUUCUGAUGUUGCAUCAUGAAGGAGGCAGUCCAAGGUUGGGGUCAAUUCAGAAUUUCAGAAUUUUACUCAAUUCAACCCUUGAAUUAAAAUUCCAAUAUAAAUAAGACACACCACACAGGAAGCAGAAUGUUUCUUUAAUUUGAAUUAGAAGUAGAAUUUAAUUAAAAGAAAUUAAAAGAAAUUCAACUAAGACGUGAAACAUGAGUCUCAUUCCUUUGACAAAUCUUUUACCAAAAGCAUCUGUCAGUUAAUACUUAAAAAAUACAGAUACCAUUUCAAAUAUUAGCUUGAUUAUAACUCAUAGAUGUCAAACAGUAUUUUUGUGUGCUUUUGUCAUGAGAUGUUAGGUUGUUCUGGAGUGUUUGAUUUAAUCUAAUGCAUUCUGGAAAAAUAAUUUAAUAACAUUCUCCUAACAUUCUUGUUUUAGGAGAAUGAGUUGAAAAUGAAAUGGUUCAAGCAUAUGUUAUACAUAGUAUUGGCUACCAUACAUUAUGUAUAGAGAUGUAUGUACAGAUAAAUAAUAGCCAUUUACACUGUACAAAAACAUAAACGCAACAUGUGAAGUGCUGGUUUCAGGAGCUGAAAUAAAAUAUCCCAGAAAUGUUCCAUAGGCACAAAAAGCUUAUUUCUCUCAUGUUGUGCACACAUUUGUUUAUAUCCCUGUUAGUGAGCGGGGGGGGUGACGACGACACUCAUACUGAUUAGCUGGGCCUGGCUCCCCAGUGGAUGAACUUGUGCCCUCCCAGGCCCACACAUGUCUGCGCCCCCUGCCCAGUCAUGUGAAAUCCAUAGAUUAGGGCCUAAAGAAUUUCUUUCAAUUGACUGAUUUGCUUAUAUGAACUAUAACUCAGCAAAAUCUUUGAAAUUGUUGCAUGUUGCGUUUUUAUAUUUUUGUUCAGUAUAAAUAGCCGUUACCUAUUUGAAUUUAAUUAUAUUCUAUUUCCUUUCAUUCAAAUUCAAUUCAAAUUGUGUUUUCUGUGGGGUGUGGUCAAUUAAAAUGUAAUACAAUAAUUGAAUUGAAAUUCAAUUCACUACUUAAUUCAGAAUUGACCCUGAGGCAGUUGGCCACAUCAUCAACACUGUUAUUCUUAUGUCACUUGUAGCCUAGUAUUGUUCCUUUAGCUACUGUUACAUCCUCAAAACAUCCUGUUGAUUGUGACAUCACCAUAACAUUCUAUUACAUUACUAUUACAUUGUUACACUUUGUGAAGUCAGUGUAGCAGUGAGAAGCCAUUAUUUAGAGCAUUUACCAACUAUUCAGUCUGCUGGUCAUUAACAAGGUUCCGUCACAGUGAUCAUCAACAAUACAUAUUCCACUACCUCAUGAGAGGAUAAUAAAUGGCAGAUUUAAAUUUAAAUCAGUUUUUUCCUCCCUCUCCAGGAGUGAGUCCAGGUGGUUCUUUGGUCUGCCCCUCCUCUCCUGCCAAGACCGCCCCAGUAGCCCCCCAGGUAGCCAGCCCUCUGGCCAGCGUCCUGUCCAAAGUGGACAUGACUCCUGAGGCGCUCCUCAGUGCGCUGUCCAAAACCCAGGGGCAGGCCAGCGGACUACAGGGUGAGAAACUGUGGGGUAGAGCAAACGUUAAAGAGCGACUGAACUCAUCGAUUCCCCAUGUCUUUCUGUUGCUCAUUAAGAAAAACAAGAUUUCGGUCUUGGGGGUGUGGUUCGAUGUGAGUGUGUUAUCAUACCCUGGCAUUUACUGAUGUUUGUAGCUCUUGAGAUACCGUAGCAACAACCUAGUCACUAGCCUACCACUUCCUCAAAACAGUCAGAAUAAAUAAAUCAGUAAUUCAUUUGGACUUUUUUGCAGAGGAUAUUUUAGUCGCGCAACUUUACAUCUAGCUAAGGUGUUUGGUGCAGUAUUAAGUAAAAAAAUGGCAUGAAAACUAGUAGUGCACUGCAGAUUAUAGAGUCUGCUGCUACUAUCUAUUACCAGAGUAUGCAUCUGUCUGGCACUGUUUCAUAGCAAAUCAUGUUACAAAACGGGUCGCGGUGGGACACAAGAUGCUUGCAAAUGGGUUUUGAAUUUUAGAUUUUGGAAUAAUAAGUGGCAGAUGGGAUACAAAUAAGUGUGCAUCGUCUCAAUUCUAAUUUUGCCCAAAACAGUGGCAGACUCCGUGCUUGACUUGGGCAGGUCAUAGAACUAAGUACCAGCACCUCACAUUGUCUACUGCUUGAAUUCCUGCACCUCUACAGUGCCUUCAGAAAGUAUUCACACCCCUUCACUUUUUCCACAUUUUGUUGAUACAGCCUGAAUAAUGUCAAAGUGGAAUUAUGUUUUUAGAAAUGUUUACAAGUUAAUUAAAAAUGAAAAGCUGAAAUAUCUUGAGUUAAUACGUAUUCAACCCGUUUGUUAUGGCAAGCCUAAAUAAGUUCAGGAGUAAACAUUUGCUUAACAAGUCACAUAAUAAGUUGCAUGGACUCACUCUGUGUGCAAUAAUAGUGUUUAACAUGAUUUUUUAAUGAUUACCUCAUCACUGUACCCCACACAUACAAUUAUCUCUAAGGUCCCUCAGUCGAGCAGUGAAUUUAAAAAAUGAUUCAACCACAAAGACCAGGGAGGUUUCCCAAUGCCUCGCAAAGAAGGGCACCUAAUGGUAGAUGGGUACAAAAAAAGCAGACAUUGAAUAUUCCUUUGAGCAUGGUGAAGUUAUUAAUUACACUUUGGAUGGUGUAUCAAUACACCCAGUCACUACAAAGAUACAGGCGUCCUUCCUAACUCAGUUUCAGGAGAGGAAGGAAACCGCUCAGGGAUUUCACCAUGAGGCCAAUAGUGACUUUAAAACAGUUACAUAGUUUAAUGGCUGUGAUAGGAGAAAACUGAGGAUGGAUCAACAACAUUGUAGUUACUCCACAAUACUAACCUAAAUGACAGAGUGAUAUGAAGGAAGCCUGUACAGAAUACAAAUAUUCCAAAACAUGCAUCCUGUUUGCAAUAAGGCACUAAAGUAAAACUGCAAAGCAAUUAACUUUUUGUCCUGAAUAAAAAAGCGUCAUGUUUGGGGCAAAUCCAACACAUCACUGAGAACCACUCUUCAUAUUUUCAAGCAUGAUGGUGGCUGCAUCACGUUAUGGGUAUGCUUGUAAUCGGCAAGUUUUUUUUAGGAUAAAAAUAAACGGAAUAGAGCUAAGCACAGCAAAAGAAGGAAGGAAAACCUGGUUGUCUGCUUUCCAACACACUGGGAGACAAAUUCACCUUUCAGCAGGACAAUAACCUAAAACACUUGGCCAAAUAUACACUGGAGUUGCUUACCGAGAUGACAUUGAAUGUUUCUGAGUGGCCUAGUUAGUUUUGACUUAAAUCAACUUGAAAAUCUAUGGCAAGACUUGGAAAUGGCUGUCUAGCUAUGAUCAACAACCAGAGCUUGAAGAGUUUUAUUGUACAAUCCAGGUGUGCAAAGCUCUUUGAGACUUACCCAGAAAGACUCACAGCUGUAAUCGCUGCCAAAGGUGAUUCUAACAUGGUUUUGUCUCAGGGGUGUGAAUACUUAUGUAAAAUGAGAUAUUUCUGUAUUUCAUUUUCUAUAAAUUUGCAAAAAAUGUCUAAAAACAUGUUUUCACUUUGUCGUUAUGGGGUAUUGUGUGUGUGUGUGUAGAUGGGUGAGAGAAAAAACAUAUAUUUAAUCAAUUUUGAAUUCAGGUUGUAACAUAACAAAAUGUGGAAUAAGUCAAGGGGUAUGAAUACUUUCUGAAUGCACUGUAAGUGGCCACUCCAUAAAGGGCUUAGGGGCCAAGUGUUCUUUCAACAAAUCUCACAAAACUAAGUUUUGGAAUGUACAGUGCAUUCAGAAAGUAUUCAGACCCCUUGACUUUUUCCACAUUUUGUUACGUUACAGCAUUUAUUCUAAAAUGGAUUUUUUAAAAAAAUUCCCCUCAUUAAUCUACACACAAUACCCCAUAAUGACAAAGCAAAAACAGGUUUUUAGACAUUUUUGCAAAUGUAUAAGAAAAAUAAACAUACCUUAUUUACAUAAGUAUUCAGACCCUUUGCUAUGAAAUUUAGUUCAGGUGCAUCCUGUUUCCAUUGAUCAUCCUUGAUGUUUCUACAACUUGAUUGGAGUCCACCUGUCUAUAUAAGGUCCCACAGUUGACAGUGCAUGUCAGAGCAAAAACCAAGCCAUGAGGUCGAAGGAAUUGUCUGUAGAGCUCCGAGACAGGAUUGUGUCGAGGCACAGAUCUGGGGAAGGGUAUCAAAACAUUUCUGCAGCAUUGAAGGUCAACAAGAACAGUGGCCUCCAUCAUUCUUGAAUGGAAGAAGUUUGGAACCACCAAGACUCUUCCUAGAGCUGGCCACCCGGCCAAUCUGAGCAAUCGGGGGAGAAGGGCCUUGGUCAGGGAGGUGACCAAGAACCUGAUGGUCACUCUGACAGAGCUCCAAAGUUCCUCUGUGGAGAUGGGAGAACCUUCCAGAAGGACAACUAUCUCUGCAGUGCUCCACUAAUCAGGCCUUUUAAGGUAAUGGCCAGACGGAAGCCACUCCUCAGUAAAAGGCACAUAACAGCCCGCUUGGAGUUUGCCAAAAGGCACUUAAAGGACUCUGACCAGGAAAAACAAGAUUAUCUGGUCUGAUGAAACCAAGAUUGAACUCUUUGGCCUGAAUGCCAAGCGUCACGUCUGGAGGAAACCUGGCACCAUCCCUACGGUGAAGCAUGGUGGUAGCAGCAUCAUGCUGUGGGGAUGUUUUUCAGUGGCAGGGACUGGGAGACUAGUCAGGAUCGAGGGAAAGAUGUACGGAGCAAAGUAAAGAGAGAUCCUUGAUGAAAACCUGCUCUAGAGCGCUCAGGACCUCAGACUGGGGCGAAGGUUCACCUUCCAACAGGACAACAACCCUAAGCACACAGCCAAGACAACGCAGGAGUAGCUUCGGGAGAAGUCUCUGAAUGUCCUUGAGUGGCCCAGCCAGAGCCCGGACUUGAACCCGAUCGAACAUCUCUGCAGAGACCUGAAAAUAGCUGUGCAGCGACGCUCCCCGUCCCACCUGACAGAGCUUGAGAGGAUCUGCAGAGAACAAUGGGAGAAACUCCCCAAAUACAGGUGUGCCAAGCUUGUAGCGUCAUACCCAAGAAGACUCAAGGCUGUAAUCGUUGCCAAAGGUACUUCAACAAAGUACUGAGUAAAGGCUCUGAAUACUUAUGUAACUGCGAUAUUUAAGUGUUUUAAUUUUUAUAAAUUGGCAAAUUUCUAAAAACCUGUUUUUGCUAUGUCAUUAUGGGGUAUUGUAUGUAGAUUGAUGAGGGGGAAAAACGAUUUCAUCCAUUUUAGAAUAAGGCUGGAACGUAACAAUGUGGAAAAAGUCCAGGGGUCUGAAUACUUUCUGAAUGCCCUAUACUUACUUUAUGAUACAUUUUGGCAAUGGAAUAAAUGUUUCUGACUAAUAUUGAUGCCACAUAGGCUGUGUUCAACCAGAGAAGUUAGUUAUUGCGUUUAGUUGCCCUCUAACCCUUUACACUCGUGGGAAUUGGCCGAUAUGGAUAGGGCUAAAUUGAAAUGUUUCUUACAGAAGAAAUACAGUGGGGGAAAAAAGUAUUUAGUCAGCCACCAAUUGUGCAAGUUCUCCCACUUAAAAAGAUGAGAGAGGCCUGUAAUUUUCAUCAUAGGUACACGUCAACUAUGACAGAAAAAUUGAGAAAAGAAAAUCCAGAAAAUCACAUUGUAGGAUUUUUAAUGAAUUUAUUUGCAAAUUAUGGUGGAAAAUAAGUAUUUGGUCACCUACAAACAAGCAAGAUUUCUGGCUCUCACAGACCUGUAACUUCUUCUUUAAGAGGCUCCUCUGUCCUCCACUAGUCUCCUGAGUGGCGCAGUGGUCUAAGGCACUGCAUCGCAGUGCUAGCUGUGCCACUAGAGAUCCUGGUUCGUAUCCAGGCUCUGUCGCAGCCGGCCGCGACCGGGAGACUCAUGGGCAGCGCACAAUUGGCCUAGCGUUGUCCAGGGUAGGGGAGGGAAUGGCCGGCAGGGAUGUAGCUCAGUUGAUAGAGCAUGGCGUUUGCAACGCCAGGGUUGUGGGUUCAAUUCCCACGGGGGACCAGUAUGAAAAAAAUAUAUAUAUGUAUUCACUAACUGUAAGUCGCUCUGGAUAAGAGCGUCUGCUAAAUGACUAAAAUGUAAAUGUAAAAUCUGUAUUAAUGGCACCUGUUUGAACUUGUUAUCAGUAUAAAAGACACCUGUCCACAACCUCAAACAGUCACACUCCAAACUCCACUAUGGCCAAGACCAAAGAGCUGUCAAAGGACACCAGAAACAAAAUUGUAGACCUGCACCAGGCUGGGAAGACUGAAUCUGCAAUAGGUAAGCAGCUUGGUUUGAAGAAAUCAACUGUGGGAGCAAUUAUUAGGAAAUGGAAGACAUACAAGACCACUGAUAAUCUCCCUCGAUCUGGGGCUCCACGCAAGAUCUUUUUGUGAUCAUUUUGGGGUCAAAAUGAUCACAAAAACGGUGAGCAAAAAUCCCAGAACCACACGGGGGGACCUAGUGAAUGACCUGCAGAGAGCUGGGACCAAAGUAACAAAGCCUACCAUCAGUAACACACUACGCCGCCAGGGACUCAAAUCCUGCAGUGCCAGACGUGUCCCCCUGCUUAAGCCAGUACAUGUCCAGGUCCGUCUGAAGUUUGCUAGAGUGCAUUUGGAUGAUCCAGAAGAGGAUUGGGAGAAUGUCAUAUGGUCAGAUGAAACCAAAAUAGAACUUUUUGGUAAAAACUCAACUCGUCGUGUUUGGAGGACAAAGAAUGCUGAGUUGCAUCCAAAGAACACCAUACCUACUGUGAAACAUGGGGGUGGAAACAUCAUGCUUUGGGGCUGUUUUUCUGCAAAGGGACCAGGACGACUGAUCCGUGUAAAGGAAAGAAUGAAUGGGGCCAUGUAUCGUGAGAUUUUGAGUGAAAACCUCCUUCCAUCAGCAAGGGCGUUGAAGAUGAAACGUGGCUGGGUCUUUCAGCAUGACAAUGAUCCCAAACACACCGCCCGGGCAACGAAGGAGUGGCUUCGUAAGAAGCAUUUCAAGGUCCUGGAGUGGCCUAGCCAGUCUCCAGAUCUCAACCCCAUAGAAAACCUUUGGAGGGAGUUGAAAGUCCGUGUUGCCCAGCGACAGCCCCAAAACAUCACUGCUCUAGAGGAGAUCUGCAUGGAGGAAUGGGCCAAAAUACCAGCAACAGUGUGUGAAAACCUUGUGAAGACUUACAGAAAACGUUUGACCUGUGUCAUUGCCAACAAAGGGUAUAUAACAAAGUAUUGAGAAACUUUUGUUAUUGACCAAAUACUUAUUUUCCACCAUAAUUUGCAAAUAAAUUCAUAAAAAAUCCUACAAUGUGAUUUUCUGGAGAAAAAAAUUCUCAUUUUGUCUGUCAUAGUUGACGUGUACCUAUGAUGAAAAUUACAGGCCUCUCUCAUCUUUUUAAGUGGGAGAACUUGCACAAUUGGUGGCUGACUAAGUACUUUUUUCCCCCACUGUAUAAAAAGCAUAUGCAUAACCUUGGUAGCAAUUGAAAGGGAACAGUUUUGAGAGAAUGAUACAAUUAUUAGACCAAAGGUGAGUACACAACAGUUCACCUGACAAGACUGAAGCCAAACAUUACACUGUUGAUUUUAUGUGCAUUUUACAUUUACUGUACUUUUCGCAGCAUUUGUUGAUAACGAAUCUGGAAAAUGUGGGGUAGCUGCAACAUAAGACAAAAAAUGAUAAGGGUUUGAGUGAGAUGACUGACUGGUGUCUCCAAGUGGCCACACAUCUCUCUAAAGUGUGCACAGUUCCUAAGCAAUUUCAAUGCACUUUUAUGACUCAAAGAAGAGUCUUAUACUAUAAGGUACUUUUUUUUUUUUUGCUCUCCUAGCUGUGCCGUUGAGGAACUAGAGCAGGCACACUUGUAGGGGUUUCGUUUGGAACACAACCUUUCAUCCCCGCCAUCACACAAUUACUGUUGUUUACGUAAUCCAAAAACGGUCCAAUAUAAAUCGCAAUCUGGGUCAGGUGGGCAUGAUUUGAAAACUUGUUAUUUUGCCAACAUGACUAGUUAAGUUAAAUAAUAUGAUCUCACAGUGUUAGGCUUUCACAAGGCAAUUCAGAGAAAUAGAUCGUAAUUUUGGUGUGCAAAGAAAGGAGUCAUGAGUUCAUUCAAGUGCGUGUGCAUCGUCAAAUUUUCUUCACAAUAAACAAACAGGCUCAUUCUGUUCAGGACAACCCAGGGCAUGAAGCCAUGUCAUCUUGUAACUGUACAUAAAACAUAGUGAUCAUAAACAUUGACACUGUAUAUGACAUGAGUUUUAUGAUUUGGAAAUGUAAAGUGCACAUUUGGACUCUCAGGUGUUUGGCUUGUUGUAUGACAUCAAAGUUAUAUUUAUUGUAAUCCUCAACGUCUCAUCUUUCAAAAUACAUUGAGUCAUCUUAAUUUACAGCAUUUCCCUCAUUCGCAAAAGUUGCCCAAUUACCGGGAGGGAUGGGGGCAACGUCUUGUCGCGCGCGGUGCUCAAGUUCAGAACGGCUGUCAGUCAUAAUGGUCCCAUGUGGUAGAGCAUGGCACUUGCAACGCCAGGGUUGUGGGUUUGAUUCCCACGGGGGACCAGUACGAAAUAGUAGGAUAAAUGUAUGCACUCAUUACUGUAAGUCCCUCUGGAUAAGAGCAUCUGCUAAAUUACUCAAAUGUAAAUGUAAACUCAGACAGCACUGAAGCGCAGAGCCAGAGCUCUGACGUCAUGUAUAGCAUGUUACUGUACAGCCAUUACGUUCCAAAUUUAGGCGCUUAUUAUUGCCCAAAUCUGCCAUUUUCAACCCGUGUACGGGUACGAGACGAGCACUGAUUUAGAGGGUGAAGAAACAUUGUUUCUAAUUGACAGAAUGUUGCUAAUUGAGGAGCAAAAAUGGUGACAGACAGGGAGUAUACAUCUCUACUCUGUUAUCACUUAUUUUAUUGUACUGUGCGAAAAUCAUUCAGAUUCGUACAAUUGAGGUCGCCAUUCAUAGUUGUCAAGUAUUUUAACACAUUUCCUUUUCUCUCUUCUUUUUUUCUGUCUCCCUCUUAGGCCUCUCCACUCUUCUGAACAGCCCAGCUGGAAACCUCUCCUCAAACUCCCCCAGUACAGGCAAGCUCCCUCCCUCCGCCUCCACCCCUACAGUACCCUCUCGAGGCUUUCCUCUCACCACCUCUACGCUCGAACCGACCCCAUCAGCCCCUGCAGUGGGGAACACCACCACCAUCCCUCAGGCAGCGUCCCUUACCCAGCCCAAACAGCCUCUAGACAUCGGCCCUCAUAGAGGGCUGGUCCUGGAGCAAGAGAAGGAAGAAAAGCCCUCUGCUUCCAGCCUGGAGUCCAAGAUCCACAGCUUCCUGCAGGGUAACCCUGGCUUUAAUGCCUUUAACCUGGGCUUGACUAGCGAGGCCAUGCAAGCGGGAGGCAGCAACCUCAGCCCUUUAGCGGGUAAAGAGACCCAGGAGGGCACCCCGGUGCGGGACGAGGCCGCAGGAGGCACCCCAACCCUGGAUGAGAUCUUGGACACUCCGGGAGGAGCAGAGCCCUUCCUGGCCAAGCAAGGUCAGGUCUCUUCUGGGGGAGUUCCUAAACAACCAGAUGGUAGCCUGUCUCUGUCUCCAACUGCCUACCACAACCAAGCCUGGCAGGAUCCCAACAACCCUCAUGUCCACUUAGGACUACAACCAGGUGCUCCGAAUGGGCAGGGGUACCACCAGUUGCCUUAUGGAGGGAAGGAAGAGAUGCAUGGAAUAGCUCCUUCCCACAGAGAGUCUGGAUUGGCCCAUUACCAGCCCAUCACGAUACAGGUGUCAGCCCCAACCCUCGGAGAGGAGUUACCCAGUAACACACUAGGAGGGCCUCAGGCAGGGCCAAACCUCAGUGUGAGUGAAGGAGGAUGGUAUGGUAAUCCCUACCCAGAGGGACAGGCCCUGCAUCCCAGCAACCACGAGAUGGCUGCCUCAGGGGCAGGAGAUGGCAAAAACCCAAUGUCAGGACGGUAUGCAUACCAGGGGGAGGGGCAGACGCAGCCCUACCAAACAAAGGAUUCUCACGCUCUGCUUUCCCAACAGGGGGCCAACCCUUCAAGCUUCCUCACCAGCCCUCUGCCCCCCAUUCCCCAGCUGCCUCCACCGCCCUUCCCUGGAAUACCAGCCGCACCACAGGACUACCAGGGCCCGCCCGCGUCUGUCAUGGUGCAAGGAGUGAUGGUGCCUGUGGAGCGACCCUCACCAAACCCUGAGAUGGAGGAUAACAGGGCGGGCAUCAGUACAUUGGGCGGUCCGGUGAUUAUCAGUGAUCACCAGCACAAAUCUGCUUUCCACCCUGAGGGCCACCCCUAUCACCCAGAUGAUCUUCAUCGCCAUGCCGAUGACCCCCGUUGUCACCCUGACGACCCAUAUCACCCUGACGAUUUCCGUUGUCACCCUGACGAUCUACACCGUCAGCCUGACGACCUGAAUCACCUUGACAACUUCCGUCUGCACCCCCACGACCUCCCUCGUCACCCAGAUGAUCGCUAUUAUCACCCAGAUGAAUUCCACCAUCUACCUGUAGACAAUCCUCAUUAUCCUUAUAGAGUCAGAGAGCGCCUCACUCCCCCUCUCUCUCCCUCAGAAGACCCUUACUACUAUAACUACCCGCCACGCAGCCCUUCCCCUCCAUAUGGUCACAGACGCCCCCUAAACCCUCACAUGGACCUGCAACACCCUGACCACAUGCCCCUGCGUCCCCAUCCUCCACACCGUCCUCUCCACCCAGCACACCAUCCACACCUGAGAGGCCUCCCGUGGGGUCCCCCACGCCCAACCCUCUGCGGCCCCAUGCUCAGGGGGAAACGGCCAGGUCCUCCUUUUGGUGGACACCCCAGAGGGGGACCAGGUGGUCCGUUCUUUCCCCCCAAAAGACCACACCUACCUCCGCGCUUC